AUGGAAGGUAUUCUACGAGGUCACUUGGAUACCGAUCUAUCAGCAAUUGGGUUGGAACAAGCUAGGGAUAUUCGGGCCCUCAUUAACCAAAGCAAACCAGAUAUUAUUAUUUCAAGUGAUCUAAAAAGAGCUAGAUACACGGCAUAUGAGAUAACCGACCCGUCUGCUAUUGAACUGGAAUCACGAAUACGUGAAAGAAACUUCGGAUCUCUUACUGGUCGCCCAAGAUCUGAAGUUCAGCAAUUCACAGAAACAAAUUUCAAGACUGGAUUUGAAUGUGAUGGCUGGCGCAACAUUGGUGGAGAAUGUACUCAUGAGAUGGCAAGUCGGACAAAUGACUUCCUUCUGGAUCUGUGUUCUCGUCUUGUAGAAACAAGGGUGAAGCAUACCAACGUUUCUUGUCAAGAUCCUUUUCCAAUCAUAGGGUCUAGUGAUUUGCUACCGAUGGGGAAGCUAAUUUGUAAGAAUCUUGAUGUCUUUCCAAAUGUAAAUGCCAAAGCUGCAGAAUCGCCUAUAUCCACUUAUGCAGGACAUGUUCUUAUUGUAGGUCAUGGCGGUUGGAUUCGUCAGUUUUUGAGGCUUUUAGCCUUUCAUUCAAUGUACAGACAGAAUUUCCCAAAGCAAUGUGUCAACUCGGUAAUGAACAACUGCGGAAUAUGCCAAGUAGGCGUGGCUUUUGAUAUUUGCAGUCUUGAAGCUUAUCAAAAGUGUCCACAAUAUGAACGUGGAGUUUCUAUGUCCCCUCUCCCUGUUUUCGGUAAUAUUAUGACUCACAGUGAGACAUCUAGUGUGAAGAAAUCCAUUCAGUGUUCCUAUAUUCAUUUAGCUAAUCCUAGUUUACCUAUUAUGACGGUCUGUUACCAAUUCAAUGCCACAAAAUCAUUACUUGAAAAGCAUGAACGUUUACAGCGUGAGCCUCAUUAUCUAACAAUUCCUACUGAUGAAACAUGUUUACAAGAAGAAAGAAUACCUCAAGAUGACGGAGAUGAGUAUGCUGGAUAUCCACUGAACAAAUAGACAAAUUCAAAUCACAGAUAUGUAGAUAUUUUAGUUAUUUUGUAGCAAAAAAGUAAAUUUUUAAUGGCUUAGUAAUUUAACUAAUGUCUGGUUGCUACCCUGUAACUGUCGGU